AUGGACGCAGCUGGCUACCACAGGACUACCAUGGCAGCAUGGUUAGGCCUCUCACACGACGACGCAGCGGGCUGGUCCCUGGUCGAUACGGGCCGGAUGGAUGACAUCGUGCAGGACAUGAGCCAUCCCGCCACACAGUACCCGUCUGUCCUCUCGUUCCUGGGCAAUGACAGUCGGGUGGCAGCCCUGCGUGCGCUCUUUCCCCAGAACAAUGUUACCCGACGAGGACCAGCUGGCCUGGUCCGGUUGCAUCUCAGUACCACGACCGCCAAUACCGAGCAUCCAGUGUGGUUCACCGAGAGCAGUUUCGCCCGCCCACCGACGAUUGACGGGUCCACCAUAGCGCCAUCCGCCGACCGUUCUCGACGGUACCCAGUUCGGCAAGGCCGGUUCGAAACGCCGUGCGACAUGAAAGACCACCUCCUCACGAGACUGGUGUUUCCGUGGACGCACGUAGCGUGCUUCUUUGUGGACGGAGAGAACGAGUUGAAGACCGUGACCAGCUGGUUGGCGGCAACCCACGAAGGUGUUCAUGCUAGCCCUUCGGAAAAACCAGGCCCGGUGCGAAUCAUAUUGAUCCUGACGGAGCCAACCGCGACCUACAACGCCGACCCGGUGGAGACGGAGUUGCCCGGUUCAGACGUCGCGGGCGAGGAACGACCGACACUAUCGGUCCUAGACCUGCGCGGUCGUCAUCAGUUGUCGCCCUCUGCCCUUUAUGCCCCACUACAGCGUCUCCUACUGGACGGGCUUCAGGACAGCCGGGCGGAGCUCAUACAGCAGGGGCUGCUCUUCUCCGCCGUUCAUCUCAAGUUCAUGUGGAAUAGGUGCCUUGGGCAAAGUCUUCUACACCCGGCUACCCGAAUCAAUUGUCUCUCCAUCGCUCGGGAACGGCUGCCAGUCCCGUUUGCGUUCCACGAUGGCCUCGCGGAGCUGCUCGGGGAGGCGUGCAAGAUCGGGUGUCCGAUCCACGACCUCCGUCAGUUUGUAGCGUCGGCUCUCCUGAUGGACGCCUACCCUCCAGGGAUGCAUCGUUUCCGACCCCAGCACGUCUUUGAUAGCUUGUAUCGGGAUCUUUGGCUGACGGCACCGGAACUGGGCGAAGGCCCAGACUGGGCCCAACAUGGUGACGCUAUUCGGGAUGCGUUCAUCGACAGUUUCGCCCAGAUGGGCCCCCUGAGAACCUCGCUCACAAUCCGGAAAGAGGCACUAAGGUGCUUCGGCGCACAGUGGCCCGGCCUCACGUUACCCACGAUGUGCCUGUUCUGUCUCGGCCGACCCGCGGAACACCAGCUGCCUUGUCGACAUGCGCUCUGCGAUACCUGCGUGGUCAUCUUUGGACGGCCGACCCGCGGAGCCGAAUAUCACCACGAUCUCUCGCACUGUCACCUGUGUCAGGGUGUGGUCGAACGCACGGUUCGGCAGUUACCACCGACCAAGCGGCCCGUCGUGCUCGCACUGGAUGGAGGCGGGAUCCGUGGCAUUAUCACCCUCGGCCUCCUGCAAGAGCUGGAGAGACGGCUCGCGGGCAGUAUCGUACUAUCCGACAUUCCUGAUCUGACGGCCGGCGUCAGCGUAGGUAGGUCAGCCCCGGAGAUCACCGUCGUCGCCGCUACGGCGGUCGUGCCGCCAAGUUGUGACUGA